AUGGCAUCCAUGACUUGGCGAAGCAGGUCCACACACAAAUCUAAUCCACCGCCCACUCUUGGAAUCCUAGCUUUUGAGACGGCCAAGACUAUGUCUCGCCUGCUCGCUCUCCACAAGUCCCUCUCCGAUGACGAAUUCUUCGAACUGCGCAAGGGCACAAUGAAAUCAAGAGGCGUCGCGUAUUUGAAUUCAACGGAUGAAUCCUAUCUUUUUAGCCUUGCUUGCGCAGAGAAGCUUGAAGAACUCAAUCGCGUAGCGAUGAGUGCCUCGCGUUUGGGCCAAAGAUGUUCUGAUUCCGAUGGGAACAAUUUUGACAUGCAAUCAGUCUCUGCUAAUGACGAAAAGGAAGUUGAAAAAAUGGAGAAAUACGUUGCUUCAACAGCGAAGUUGUAUUCUGCAUUGGAAACUCUGAACCAGCUGGAAUUAUCGGAGAAGAAAGUAAAAUUGUGGAAACUAAAUGUCGAUCCGAAGCGCUCUCCGAGCCCGAAUUUCGGUUAUUUCGAUGAGAAAAUCGCGUAUCAGAGAAAGCAGGUCCAGUACUACAAAAACACCUCUCUUUGGAGCCGAACGUGCGACAAAAUCGUUGCACUAAUGGUCCGAAUUGUUUAUACCGUCUAUGCCCGAAUCUGUAUCGUUUUCGGCCCUUUCGUUUCGGGUCUACCAAGUUUCUUCAAAGAUGCGCCACGCAACAUUUCGCUUCCGAAACCAGUAAGAGUGCGAGUCCAUCCGGAGGCAGAUUAUUGCCUGCUUGCGUACCGAGAUAAGUUUAUUCAAGAACUGCCCGUCAAAUCGGGUCCGUUGCCUAGGACUUUGAAGAAAUUGGCCGCCAUUCGAUUCUACAGCCACGAAUUGUUGCCUAAAUAUCCAAUUUCCAGCAUUGCAAAAACGGUGCAAACCGUAACAGACCAGACUGUGAUUGAAUCAGCGCCACCGUCAACGGUGGGCUCGGCGGGACUUGCGAUGAGGUACGCGAACAUAAUUGUUCUCGCGGAGAGGUAUCUGAACACGUCAAUGUGUGUGAACGACGAGGCGCGUGAGAUACUUUAUGAGAUGUUGCCAGCACGGAUAAAAACGAAGGUCAGAGAGAAGAUGCGGGGCGCGUGGGGUGGAGAGGAGGAAGAGAUGGGUCGUGAUGGUAGUGACCUGGCGGAGGGGUGGAGGCAAGCGGUGGAGGAUAUUAUGACGUGGCUGGCGCCAAUGGCGCAGGACACGGUGACGUGGCGGAUGGAAAGGAACUUAGAGAAACAACGGUUUGAUACGAAUCCGGUGGUGUUGCUACUGCAAACGCUUCAUUUCGCGGAUUUGGAGAAGACGGAGGCGGCGAUCGUGGAGGUUUUGGUGGGUUUGAGUUGUAUAUAUAGGUAUGAGAAUCAGUGGUUGUGCAGUGGCCUUUCCGGGAGUGGUGGUCGCAGAUAA